AUGGGUGCAUACGCAAGAGAAUUGGCCGCCAUUGCUGUGGCUUGGCUCGCUCUGUUUGAUGGGUUUUUGGUUGCCGUUAAUGGUCAAUAUAACUACAAGGAUGCACUCACCAAAUCCAUUAUUUUCCUAGAGGCACAGAGAUCAGGGAAGCUCCCCGCAGAUAACAGGCUAUCUUGGAGAGAGGACUCGGCUCUCGAAGAUGGGAAACUUGCCAAUGUGGACCUUGUUGGGGGAUAUUAUGAUGCCGGCGACAAUGUGAAAUACGGGCUUCCCAUGGCCUUCACAGUUACAUCUCUGUCAUGGGCUGCUCUGUUUUACAAGUCGGAGCUACAAGCGGCCGGAGAGUUGGAAAAUGUCCACUCCGCCAUUCGUUGGGGCACAGAUUAUUUUCUUAAAGCCACUUCCCGACGUCAACGAUUAUAUGUGCAGGUGGGAGACCCGGUGCAAGAUCAUCAAUGCUGGAUUCGACCGGAAAACAUGCAAACCCCACGGACGGUCCUGAGGAUUGAUGAGAACACGCCCGGAACUGAGAUUGCGGCAGAAACUGCGGCAGCAAUGGCUGCUUCUUCAAUUGUGUUUAGAGGCACAGAUCAUCCGUAUUCUCGUCGUCUCCUCAACAAAGCCAAAUUGCUUUUUAAAUUCGCCAAAUCACACAAGGGAAGCUUUGACGGAGAAUGUCCCUUCUAUUGUUCUUACUCAGGCUAUAAUGAUGAGCUGUUGUGGGCGGCGUCUUGGCUAUACUCUGCGACGAGGAGCUCCGUGUAUUUGAAGUACAUACAAGAAGAAUCCAUCAGUGCUGUUGUAGCUGAGUUUAGCUGGGACCUCAAAUAUGCUGGAGCCCAAAUCCUUCUCUCAGAGCUGUUUUUUGAAGGAGAGAAGAGCUUCGAAACCUUCAAGAAACAAGCUGACAGUUUCGUAUGUUCGGUCCUUCCUGAUAGCCCCUAUCACCAAAUUUACGUCUCUCCAGGUGGUUUAAUUCACCUGAGAGAUGGGGCCAACACUCAAUACGUUACCGGAACAGCUAUGUUGUUUAGCAUCUACAGUGAUGUGCUUGCCAAACACAACAAAAAAGUUUCUUGUGGAAACCAACAGUUCGACCCAGCCCACCUCGUCGCUUUCGCUAAGCAACAGAUGGAUUACUUGCUGGGAAGCAACCCAGAACAAAGGUCAUACAUGGUUGGAUUUGGAAAAUCUCCACCAACACAAGCGCACCACAGAGGCGCAUCUGUCCCCAGGUUGUCAAAAGACGAAGCUGUGAGCUGUGCCAUAAGCUUCGUAAACUGGUUCAAUAAAGACGGACCAAACCCUAAUGAGCUUACCGGCGCCAUUGUUGGUGGGCCUGACCGGCUCGAUAACUUCAAUGAUAAGCGCUGGGAUUCUUCCAUGACUGAGCCAUGCACGUACAUUAAUUCGCUCGCAGUUGGUCCCCUAGCAAAGCUGGCAUCGAGCCACGUCUAACUCUGUUGUUUUAUACGUGGAGAUCAUGCAGAUUUAUGUAUGUGCGUACGUAAAACAUGAAUUUCAAAAGAUUUUUCAGAGCUUUAUGGCUGUAGGUAUUAGCUGGAUUAAUCUUGUGUCUAUGCAGGGAAGAAUAGCCUUCAAAAUUAA